AUGGCUACCGAAGAAUUGGUGACUGAGCAAUUUCAAUUUUUAGGUAUAGAAGUAUCAAAAGAAGUUUUAAGUAAAUGUGUAAGUCUAUGUACAGAAUAUAGUGUAGAUGCUGAAACAUUUAUCGAACAAUGGAUGGCAUUCAGUUUAACGACAUUAAACGGCGCACCGCCAACUUUAGAAAACUUAGAAUUGCUUGCAAAGAGGGAAUUUUCCAAACGUUCGGCGAUCCAGCCUAACGCUGUUAGUAACGAACUCUCAAGUACCGGCAAAAGUUUGACUGUAUAUGGAACGUAUGGAACACCCGACGUUAUACAAUCAGAAAAUGAAGUCUUAUCGAAUUAUAUGACUGGCACUCCAAAGAGAAUAAGGGUAGAAGAGACAGAGCAGGGUAAACCUCAUAAUAAUGAAUUGUGUCCUGCAACAUACUCCCCCAAUGUUGAUCAUUCAGGAAAGUACAAUUCACGGACAAACCAAGGUUCAGUAGUGCAUUCGUACGGGGAUGAGAAACUUUUGGGCGCUAUCGCCACGCCCACUGGAGUAAAUGACAUGCUCGAUUUGAACGUAUUUCAAAUACCUAACGAUGAUGGAGAUUUGUAUACUAAAGCAAUGUUUGGCUUUGAACUGCUUCACGAAAAAGCUGGUAUUUUUGAUAAUCACAUACGGUAUAUAUCGCAAUGUAUCAUGAAAAAGAAUGGUAUUACUGAGUUGACUUCAGUUAGACACAAAACGCAGACCGAAGUAUACGUAGCGGGACGCAUUGAGUGCGAUGCUGAUGCGAGACUCAACUCCAAGAGUGUAGUGUUACAAGGGACGUGGGAGGAAUCCCUCAGCCAAGCUGUACCGGUUGAUUUAGACAGGUAUUCUAUAAAA